AUUUCGUCCACAGAAAGAAGCGGUUGCAUAAAAUGUACCUUUUACGGAUAUGGAUCUAUAUUGCCUUCACAAUCACCUUCAAUACGGGCAUAUAUAUCGGUGAAAAAUGUACGGAUCCAAUAUGUACAACGAUUACGACAGCCACAACGGCUUGUUCAACUGUUAAUAACUGUCUUCUUGGAAGUUGUACAGUUAAUACUGAAGGAGACAUUGGUUGCAAAGAUGGCUGCAAAGAUGGCUUUUCGGGGAGACUAUGCACCAUUCCAUGCAUAUCAAACUGUUUAAAAUGUAGCAAACGAGAUGCAAGCAAUUGUAUAGAGUGUAAAGAACGCCAUGUAGGCGAAUAUUGUGAGAAUGAAUGCCCGAAUACCUGUCCUGAAGGAUGUUACAGGAAUGGUGUCUGUAAGAAACAAUGCUCGGAUAACCAAGUGCCUAGAUGUAGACUUUGUAACGUCACUUCAGGGAUAUGUCAGAAAUGUGACAUCCAUUACAUUGGGGAGAACUGUGAAACUGACUGCACAAACUGUGUUGGAAAGUGUUUAAUUUCAGGUUGCGUUGAAGGAUGCAUUAAUGGGUUUCACGGAAACAAAUGUGACACUCCUUGUUCGGAAAACUGUUUUCCAUUUUGUCAGCCUGACAUGAGUGCAAAAGGGAAAUGUACACCUGUGUGCGAUCAAGACACCGGCAGCUGUGCGAAUGGUUGUACGAAUGGAUUCAAAGGUCAACAAUGUACAGAUGGCUGUAGCUCCAGAUGCAAAGGUAUGAGAUGUAAUCAAACCACAGGUCAUUGCAUGGCGUGUAUUGAGGGGUACUAUAAAGAAACGUGUCAUUUGCGAUGCUACAACUGUAAACAUGACCUUUGUGACAUGAAAACUGGUUUCUGCUUUGAAUGUAAGGACGGGUACUAUGGAGUACACUGCAAACAGACCUGCACUAACUGCCAGUCAGGCCUUUGUGAACGCAAUGGUGGACACUGUAUUGACGUUCUCCAAGUGACAACAGUUGAUGCUUCCAAGGUCCCAUCGCCCCAGUCAACCAUGUACCCACUUGUGAUCGGAUUUAUUGUCUUCGGGGGCAUUGCUGCCAUUCUGAUCUGCAUACUUAGCCAUAGAGUAUGCAAACUGUCGACAAGAGCGCGAGAAAAUCCAGGGCAAUCGGCAGACAAUGUUCCACUUCAGUACCGUAGGAACAGCUACAAUGAAAUCUAUGAGGAAGACAUGGAUCCUUCUGCAGGUCAACGACCACGGGCAUAUUACAGCCCACUUGUAAGACAGGACAGUGAUUUAACUAUAAAUAACAUUUCGUUAAGCAACAUGUCUUCAUCUGACAAUGACUCCCUAAUUAUACCACCAUGGUUUGCACGUUUGGGUCACGAUAUAACCCCUGAGUCAUCAUACAACUAGAACAGUAUUUUUUUUAAAUCAACACUUAUUGGAUGGCCUAAAAGUCCACUUAUCUGUCAAUUGUAAAUGAUAUUGAUAAAGUAAUUUUAGAGCGAUUUUCCAUGACAGUUCCACGUCAAUUUCUAAUUCCUGAAAUAUAUAUACAUAAUCACUGUUGUCAUUGUGAAAACGUGUUGACAUCCAGUCAUUUUCCGAACUGGGACACAUUAAAUUACAAACACUACAACACAGACCUUUCUUAAACAUUGCAUGGGCGAUUUAUGCAUGCAGUAUUUUCAGAUAAAAACAAUUCAUGACAAGUUAUCUUCCUGAAGUAAUCUACUAGUAAUGUUAUUUAUUAUAAUUAACAUUUAUUUAUGCUAUGUUGCAGUACGAGUCAGCAUCUUACGUUUCGGUAUUAUUACUAUUUCUCCCCAGACUAUAAAAAAGUUUCAACUAUUUCUAUUUACAGAAUAGGAUAUUUUAUUUGCAUUGUUGAUUGUUAUUUUACAACCGAUUAUUACUUUUGACAUAAUUAUUACAUACAAAUU